UGAAUCAUGCCAUGGAAUCUGGCCCAGUGAGAAGAGCCUCGCUAUUGGAUUAGCCCGGCCUGAGCCAGGUGACGGAGCAAUCUCCCACCCGCCUAUAACCCUCACACACGCACUAUUAACUCUCAAACGCAACAGGGGCCCAGUGACAGACAGCUGCCAGCAUUCGUGACUCGCGACCUGGCCUUCUGCUGCGGCUUGGCCACCACCACUCAGCGAGAGACAGAGGAGAACUACAUAGAGGAAAACAUGGUGACAGUGGAGAAUCCCUUUGUUCAGCCAGCAGCCUGCAAACACACGGGCACUGCGGCUGGCCACCUGAAGUCCGGGGAUCCACGCACCAGCCUGCGCUGCUACCUGCUGCUGAAAUACCUGCAGGUACUGGUGCUGCCGGAGGCGAGCGAGCUGGUGCUCCUGGUGGGGGCGUUGGCCAGCGCACACGCGGCCCUGCUCCUCAGCUCCCCCCGCAUCUCCUGGAAGGCCUCCAACGUGCUACUGGGCCAGCUGGUCCUGACCGACGUGCUCUUGCCACUGCGCUGGGGUUUGGAGGCUCUGGGUGUGUGGUGGGGGGACGAGGUGGCCGGCGCGCUGGCGCAGCGGCUGCUGGGAGCCCAGCGCCAAGCCAGCUCGCUGUUCCUCAGCUGCCUGAGCCUGGAGGUGGUGUUGAUGAGGUGGUGGGCGGAGGAGACGCGGCGGCUGCGUACGGUCCACCACGCCCGCAUACUGUGCGGCGCUGUCUGGGCGCUGACUCUGGGGGAGCUGCUGCUAUUCCAGGCCUUUGCCCACAGCCCGCUCCCAGUCCAGGAACCGGUGCUGAAGGCUUGCCUGCUGGCUGUAUCUGUGCUGUGCAGUUUCACCCGCUGCCUCAAGGGGGCGUUGUGGCUGGCCGACACAUGGGUCUACUACACGAUCUUCUGCAACAGCACCCAAUGCAGAAAGAGCUUCCUUCGCUAGCAGUGUCAGGCUCACGCUAACAGGUACCCUGUGAGACGCCCACCAGCUGUUCCACUCCCCCUUCUCUCUUUAAAAGAAUUGCCUCCAUUUAAUUCCUUUAUUUAAUUAUGUCCAUUAUUAUCAGUUGGCUGACUCUCUGUUCUUAGCAUUUCCCAGCGGGUGAACGUCAGUUUGACGGAAAGCUGCGUGGUCAUCUCGGAGCUGCAGCCUGCAUUCCCUUUGCGCUCCAUCGACUGCUUUCAGAACGUGGCAGAUUUUUGUUUAUUUUUUAAUUUUUAAAAAAUUCAUUUUCUGUCCCUUCGAGGGUGCACC